AUGGGUAUCCGAGGCCUCAUGAGUUUUGUGGAAGAUCACAGCAACGAGUUCUUCACUGACUUAAAGUUGCGGGACACAAAACUCAUCAUCGACGGCUAUGCUCUUUUCCACCGACUCUGCUUCAAUUCGGACUUGGAGCUGCGGUGCGGGGGGGACUAUGAUUCCUUUGCAGAGGUGGUGCAAAAGUUCUUUGAGUCGCUGUUCGCCUGUGACAUAUGCCCCUACGUUGUCCUGGAUGGCGGCUGUGACAUUUCCGACAAAAAGCUCACAACCUUGAAGGAUCGGGCGCGAGAGAAGAUCCAGGCGGCCCAUGCCCUGUCCACCGGCGGGGGUGGGUGUGUGUGCCCCUUGCUGGCCCGCGAGGUGUUCAUUCAGGUCUUGGUCAGGCUGCGGGUGCAGUUCGUGCAGUGCUUCUCGGAAGCAGACCGGGACAUCAUGACACUCGCCAACCACUGGGGCUGCCCCGUCCUGUCGUCAGACAGCGACUUCUGCGUCUUUGACCUGAAGACGGGGUUCUGCCCCUUCGACGGCUUUCAGUGGAGGAGCCCGGCCACGGCGGGGGGCGCGCGCAGCUACCUCCCGGCCAGGUGCUUCUCCCUGGAUGCGUUCUGCCGUCGCUUCGGCAACAUGGACCGGGCUCUGCUGCCCCUCUUCGCCGUGCUGUGCGGGAACGACCACGUCUGCCUGCCCGUCGUGGAGACCUUCCUGAGCAAGGCCUGCCUGCCCCUCGGGGCCGCCGCCAGGCGGGGGCGGCACCGCCGGGUCCUGGGACUCCUCAACUGGCUGUCCCGCUUUGCCGACGCCGCGGCGGCACUGGAACAGGUUCUGGAGCACCUCCCGGAGAAGGGCCGCGAGCAGGUCCGGGAGCUCCUCUGCCGGUCCAUGGAAGAGUACCAGCAGUCGCCGGUCAGGCUGCAGGACUUCUUCCGGGACGGCGCGUGCGUCUGCCCGGACGCCCUGGGCCAGGCCUUGCCUCCGUGGGUGCGGGUGGCCCUCGCCAGAGGCCAGCUGUCUCCUUUCGUCAGCGACGCGCUGCUCCUGCGACGGACCUUGCUGCACACGCAGGUGGAAGACUUGCAGCGGCCCAGUGCCCACAGGGCAGCCCAGCCCAUCCGGCAGGUCCUCUACGGGCUUCUGUCUGGGGCUUCGCCGCACCCGGAACGUGCGUCCUGGAGCACGUCGCCCCCGCAGCCCCGCGCCUUCAGGGAGGUGGAGAGGGUGGGCAAAAGCAUCAGAACGGCCGUCGUCGACGCGGCAAAACUGCCCGAGGACUGUUCUGACUUGAGCAGCUUGGCUGAGCUGCCCCCGGGCCGGCGGCAGAGGCUGCUGCUGGAGGCCCUGAGGGUGAAGCCGGAGGUGCUGGAGCCCGUCCCAGCCACGCUGAAGCUGCCCGUCGCCGUCAGCUGCUACUGGCUGCAGCAGGCUGACGUCCGCGUCCAGCUGCGCCACCUGCAGGCCCUGCUGCUGGGGAUGCUCGCGGGGGCCCCGCACGCUGGCAGCAGCCCGGGGACGGCCGAGCUGCGGGAAGGCGGCACCAGGACGCUGAAGGACGUGCUCCAGCGCGUGCGGGCACAGCGGGGCGCCAGGUUGGACCUGGACGCGGCUCACGCCUUCAGCCAGUGGCAGUGCUGCCUCCAGAUGGGCGUGUACCUCAACCAGCUACUGGGCAACCCGCUCCCGGAGCCGGAGCUCGCUGGACUGUACAGCGGAAGCCUGGUACACGGGCUGUGCCAACAGCUGCGGGCACCGGGCGCCGUGGAGAGUCUCCUGAGCGUGUGUCCCGAGGCUGAGCGUCUGUACAAGCAGCUGUUGGAUGCCACAAGGCCGUACGCCCCUGCUGAGUUGUUCCUCCCCAAAGGAAAGUCCAACUCAAAAAAGAAAAGGCGGAAGAAACAGAACACCAGCUGCGGGCAAAACUGGGCAGGCAGGGCCUCGCGCCCCAGGCUUUGGCAUGAAGGCGGCAACCGCUUCGGGCCACUGAUGGCGGCAAGCCUGCAAGGGCACCCUGAGGCCUCCGACCUGGAGCCCGCUCAGGUGGCGUCAGACGAGACACGGCUCUGACCCCAGACCCGCCUGUGACCUCCCUUGAAUGCAUAACUUUCCUCUCUAGGGCUAACAUGUUGGGGGGAACACAGCAAAAGAUGAUCUUAAUUCCAGGGCAUUUUGUAUGCAGCUCCUAAUAAAUGCAGUUUCUGUAUUUCUUA